AUGGGCUUCCUCAAAUCGUGCCUGGAGCAGCUCGUCAGGCUUGCUGCCCUGGCGCCCUUCAACCCUUUCGAGGACCUUCUCCAACAGCCUCUCUUGGGGUCCGAAGACACUGCGCAGCAUCCCAUCAUCCCGUCGGCUGGCGACACUAUCAUCCAACCUGAGCUCGCGUCUCCUGAUUUCAAGUGUGUGUACCCUAGCAGGUGGAAGAACUGCAACACUGCGGAGACGCGAGACUGCUGGCUACAGGACACUCAAUCAGGGGAUGGGUUCUCAUUGUAUUCGCAAAUUGACAUUAACACUAAUUACGAGAAUCCCGACGCCGUACCAGCAGGCAUCACUCGGGAGUACUUCCUCGAGGUCGACGGGGAUGUGACCCUGUUCGCUGAUGGGUUUGAGAAGACCAGCGGGAAGGUCUUUAACAAAACAUUUCCUGGCCCGCUGAUUGAGGCAUGCUGGGGCGACGAGCUGGUGAUACAUGUGCGAAAUAAUUAUGACAAGAAUGGCACGACUGUCCACUGGCACGGAAUCCGCCAGUUGAACACAAAUCAUAUGGACGGAGUCAAUGGCGUUACACAGUGCCCUAUUGCUAAGGGAGAUGUGUUUACUUAUAAGUUCCGGGCGACUCAGUAUGGCCACACCUGGUAUCACUCCCACUACUCAUUGCAGUAUCCGGACGGCCUCGCGGGACCACUAGUCAUCCACGGUCCUUCCAGCAGCAACUGGGAAAUAGACCUCGGCCCACUGCUCAUACAGGACUAUGUACACGAUUCAUCCUUUGUGCGCUUCCGACAGGAGGUCGAUCCCGACCCUCGUUCUUUCGCCCGGGGCGAUUCUGUUGUCGUCAACGGCCACGGCCAUAACCCGUCAACUGGGACCGGGACAUAUUUCGAGACAACAUUUGCGCCCAAGAAGAAGCACGUCUUGAGGCUAAUCAACGGCUCAGCGGGCACACAUUUCAUUUUCACGAUUGACAACCAUACUAUGACCGUUAUCGAAACGGACUUGGUGCCCAUCGCGCCAUACCAGACGACCGCAUUGAGCAUUGGAAUAGGCCAGCGCUACGUGGUCGUUGUUGAGGCCGACCAGGAGCCCGGAGACUACUGGAUUAGGACACACCCUGCUACGGGAUGCAAUGGCUUUAACGCGUCUCUUCCCUGUGUUGGAAUAUUCAACGAUACGUGCUCCCCCUUCGACGUGAGGACCGGUAUCAUCCGCUACAACACCUCCUCGGGGCCGGACGACAACCUCCCCACUAGCGAACCCUGGGAUUACAGCCGUGACUGUGCCGACGAGCCUUACGAGAAACUCCAGCCCAUCAUUCCCUGGGUCAUCGACCACCACCCGGCGAAUGAACUCAGCGAGAGCAGGUUUGCGGUGGCCCAUCAGAACGAUUUCAGCUCGAACGAGACAGGUGGCUAUCGGCACUGGAUGCUGACGCCUGACUUCCUAUGGCUUGAGUUUGGCAACCCGACUAUUCUGAACCUGGAUAAUGAGACAUAUGAACAGAAUCCGAACUUCCACAUCGUCCAAGAUGAUUUCGACUCCGGCUACAUCUUUAUGGUUAUCGAAUCCUCGAACGACACUACCAUCCCUCUGCCGGUGAACACUAGCAUCAUUCCAAUCGCACACCCUCUCCAUUGGCACGGCAUGGACAUCGUGCUCCUGGCCCAGAGCAACACGACGUUCGACCCAGCCGCGAGCUUCUCCACGUUCAAUUUUACAAACCCACCCAGGCGGGACGUCGUGCUGUUGCCGGCGAACGGGUAUAUCGCUAUCGCCUUCAAGCCCGACAACCCGGGCGCCUGGCUGAUGCACUGUCACAUCGCAUGGCACGCCAGUGCUGGACUCGGCAUGCAGAUCCUCGAGCGUCAGAACGAUAUCGUUGACGCUUUGGGUGGGCCGUCUGCCCUUGCGGAGACCGAGCGUGUGUGCCAGAAUUGGAAUGAGUAUAAUGCGAAGCAUCCGAUUGAUCAAGAGGAUUCGGGUAUUUAG